AUGUCGCAAAACCCGGCUUUUUCUUCUACCGAGUCCCCUGAGGAUCGAUACAUCCUCGUCACCGGAUCCACCGGGUUCAUCGGCGCACAUGUGGUCGACAACCUUCUCGCGCGGGGAUACCGCGUUCGAGGCGCCACCCGAUCGGCCCAAAAAGGCGAGCAAAUGAAGGCCGCCCGACCACAAUAUGCCUCAAAGCUAGAUUUCGUGGUCAUUGAAGAUUUUACCAAGACUGGAGUCUUCGAUUCGGCAAUGGAUGGUAUUGAUGGCGUUAUCCACGUUGCCAGCCCAUUUUUCUUAGACACCACAAACAACGAGCAAGAACUCAUUCUCCCCGCUAUCAACGGCGUCAAGUCCAUCUUAUCUGCCUCCGCCAAGCCAGGAAGUAAAAUCCAACGCAUCGUCCUGACAUCCUCCUUCGCCUCAGUUGUGGAUGUAGACCGAACCCCUCCGCGCGAAUUCACAUAUACAGGAGCAGACUGGAACCCCUUAACCUAUGAAAAAGCUGUCGACCCGAGCUCAACAUCCGUAAUCGCAUACCGCGGAUCGAAGAAAUUCGCCGAGCUAGCAGCAUGGGAUUUCAUCAAGAACGAGAAGCCUCAAUUCGACCUAGUCGCUCUCUGCCCACCAAUGGUCUUCGGCCCAGUUGUUCACCCAGUGCCUAAUGUUGAGUCACUGAACGAAUCGAACUCGGAUAUAUGGAGUGUAGCCGCCGGUACUGAUCCGUUACCUAAAGCCCGCGUUACGGCCUGGAUCGACGCGCGGGAUCUGGCCGAGGCCCAUGUUCAAGCUCUGAUCACGCCGGAGGCUGGUGGAAAGCGAUUUAUCCCGGCUUCUUCUGAGCCUUUCUCCUAUGAUUAUGCCGCUGAUAUCAUCAAGGAGGAGUUUGAGUGGGCCGAGGGCGUUGUUACGGAUGGAUAUACGGCUGGAGUUAAGCCUGUUGCUUCUUAUGGGGUUGAUGGCGAGACGGUGGCUAGAGAGUUGGGUGUUGAGUAUAGAAGCUUUAAGGAGAGUGUUGUUGAUUUGGUGAAGCAGGUUAAGGAGACCAUCCUUUGA